AUGGCUACCAGCCUAUGCGAUGCGUACUCAAAUGUUGUUACUGAUCAAGCCAUGAUCCUGGCCAUGAACUCCAGCUUUGUGGAUCCCUUAUUGCAAUUUGAAUCUCAAUUGAAGAUAAUAGAGUCAUCCUUUAAAAGGGUAUUUGCUAUACCAAGCCUUGAAGAAGUGAAAGAAAUGGGGGACUGUGAAGAUGACAAAGAGGACCUGGAGAAUUUAUACCGAAAUAUUUUAAACAUAUUUGAGGAUACUCUUCUGAUCUUAGUAUCUAAAGAUCUCUACAAACUACAAGUCUUAAAGGAAAUGGUCAUGUGGAUGAAUGAAGAUCGUUCGUACCUGCAGGAGAGAGCCAUGGUGAUCAUCAGCAGGGUGCUAAGCUUUGCAUCCAGGAAAGCCAGGGGAUAUGCAAGUUUUGAUGCUCCAUGUUUGGGUGUCCUGGCAGCAGAACUAUCUCUUUUGUGUUCCCAUGCUGAUUCCUCAAUCACACAACAAGCAUCCGUGGGAAUGUAUCACCUCCUCUGUAUUGCAAAGCAUCAGAAUGACUUGCAUACAAAGUAUGAUAAAUCUGGAAGCCAGCACUUACUGCCUUUUGCUUCUGAUGCAGAAUUCCUGCCCAAGGCCUUGCAACGAGAGAAAACUAAAAUCGCUCAGAAUGUGGGAGAAACCUUAAUGCCAUCCUUGCUGACUGACUUUGUGUGGAGUCUCCUCGUGCGACUGUCUGCGUCUGAUUAUACAACUGCGUUGGAGGCAUCGACCAUACUGAAACUGACGCUGGAAUAUCACGCCCAUAAGGUCACCAUGGUGUCUAAGAUUGUGGAUUUUAUUUAUAAGCAAUUGCGUGGCAAUUCUUCUCACAUUAUGAAGCAAGCUAUGUUGCAGGUCAUCACCUUGCUGACACGCAUGUCACCAAAGAAGGUCAUCUUUCAAAUGAUGGACUACCCGGUCCCAGCAGACAACACCUUGAUAAUGAUGUGGCACGCGGCUGGUUCUGAGUCGAGCGUGGCCCCUCACGUGCUGAAGACGAUCUUGUUGAUACUAAAAGGAAAGCCUGGGGAAAUGCACGAUAAAAUAAUGGACAGGAGACGUUUCUCUUUGGAUGCUACCAAUAUGAUGCCAGUGGCGGCAUCACAGGCCCUGUGCACAUUGCUACCUGUUUGUCCUUACAAGAAAGCAGUGGCCCAGUUUUUCCCUCAGCUCCUGAUGGCUCUCAUGCUUCAACUCUCUUACAGCAGCAACCUGAAACUGAUGACAGAGGACAGGCCUUUGUAUGCCUGGGAUGCCCUGAGUGUUCUGCUGAAUUGUUCUGGACUGCAACAUGUGGAUACUGCUCUAAAGAAAAAGAAUUGCCGGAACCAGUUUUCCCAAGAGCUGUUUCACCAUCACGGGGUCCACCUUGUGGCCAAAACUCUCAGUGACUAUAAGUUCCCACAGUUUCCAGAGACUUUGCAUUAUCUCUACAAGCUCUCAGUAGAAGGUCCUAGAGGGUCAGAAGACAGUGUCAUCACAGUAAUAUUCCUCACCGAACUUCUGAAUAACUUCUUCAAGGACCCAUUCCCAGAAGAAUUUUUGGUUCUCUUCAGAAACUGGGUCAAUGACUCCAACCCUGUGGUCAGCAAGCUGAGCCUUCAGAAAAUUGCCAGCCUGGCGCCAGUUAUCAAUAAGAUAGAAAAUGUCUGCAGCUUAUUAACAUCCAUCCUGGAUGCCUUCCUUUCCAAAGACAAGACUGUUGUAAUUCGGGCGUUGGUCACCGUUCGAAGACUUUUAGGCAAACUGGACAAGGUGACUUACUCCUCUUUGUGUACCAGAAUUGCUUCCAGCUACUGCCCUCUGAUGGAUCAUCAUAACGGAGGCAUUCGGAGUAUGGCCAUUCGACACUUUGGUGAAUUGCUCAAAGACAUGAGUCAAUACACAUGGAUGCUGAAUGAUGUGGUCCUUAUGGGCUUGGUGCCUCUGAUCCUGUUUUUGGAGGACACAGAGACAAGGGUAGUUAAAGCAUGUAAAUACACGUUAGAAAUCUGUGCCUUAGAGUUAAAUUGGUCAAAAUCGUACUUGCUCAAAGACGAGUAUUACAAUUUUGAGCUGGUGGUACUCAACAUCUGUAACAAUCUCCUUCUUUCUCGUGGGAACUACAUUACAGAUUUGAUAUCUGAUACCUUAGGAUUCUUGAGGAGCUCUCGGGCAUAUCUGAGGAGAACAUCAGUUAUCUUAGUAGGGUACUUGGCAAAAUUGGGUGGCCAUUUGCUACUCAGAGAUGAAAUUGAAGUCAUGCUUGAGGCUGUUGACCGAGUGCUUUGGGAUGAAGACCCUGUGAUUAGGGAGUUGGCGAAAAUAACCCACAACAUUUUUAAGGAAGUAGCCAAUGGAUUGAACACUUCAAAUGUUAAACAAAGCCUCCAAAGAUUGUUUAAGUUCAUCUACACCAAAAAAUUGAAGCCUCUUUAUAAUUAUAAACAGCACAACAACCUGACAGGCAGUCCUGAGGGGAUUAAGGAAACCAAGAAUGACAAAGAAGGCCUUAUGGAUGAGAAUUUUGAAGAGAUUUUGGAAAAGGAUGAGAGGUUCACUCGUGCCUCUGAAGAGGAAUGA